GUCCUCGAAGGAAGGGCCUGCCACGACCUCAGCGUCUACGCCGAUGUCUUCGUGGCCCUGGCGUCGCUGCCCAAGGACGAACAAGCAUCCACAGGCAGCUGGGGUGCCCAGGUGUCUCCAGGAAAGACGAAGAUUUUCGUCCCACCCAACAGCUUCCGAAGAGCGGAGGAGUGCGUGUGGACAGACCAUGGUAAGGCCACCCUUAGGUGGCUCUGUGGAUAUGUGGCGCUGCAGCCCGAGUACGGGCGCUUCGGCAGCAGUUGCCGCACCUGGCUCCUCGGGCCUCACGUGGCCGUGCGCCAGGACCUUCAGGCCUUGGAG